GAAAAUAAGUUUUAGGACGAUGAUAUUAACCUUUUUAAGUUACAUUUUUUGUUUCGGCGAGAUGGCAAGCCUAUACAAUCAUUUUGUGGAUUCAAAAACAUCGCAAAGUGUUAACCAUUUUGAUAUCGAAAAGCAACUUAAUGUCAUCAACAAGCCUGCUGUUAAAAUCAUCAAAACUACACAUGGAGAUACAUAUGGAUGCGUGGAUUUAUACAAACAACCAGCGUUCGAGCAUAUGUCAGUGAAAAACAAGUUAUUCCUUUACAAUGUGCGUCGAAUAUCAUCCCUUAAAAAAUCAAGAGUAAAUCAUGAAAAUUUUGGUAUUUCUUGGGAUAAUGGUAUUGGGUGUCCUAUUGGUACCGUGCCUAUUAAGAGAGUCACCAAAGACGAACUUUUGGGAUUAAAUUUGUUUUCCACGAAAUAUAAGCCUCGUGGUUCAUGGAAUUCCACUAGUAGUCAUUACAAUGUUGAUAAUGAUCAACAACAUCAUUUUGCGGUGUCUCGUACAAAAGGAGGAAAAAAUAAAAAGUACAAUGGAGCGACGAUGAUAGUUUCUCUAAAUGAUCCUAAAGUUAAACUCCCACAAUAUAGUUCAGCUCGUAUGCAUAUUCAGAUUGGAGACGAUUUUAUACAAAUUGGUUGGAUUGUAAAUCCAAAGUUAUAUGGUGACACCAAACCUCGGACUUUUGUGUAUACAAAGGCAGGUAAUAACCAAUGUUAUAACAGCAUGUGUCAAAUUGGGAUCAUUUUAGUCCGAUCUGAUAUACCUUUUGGUGUCGCUCUCGAACCUGUUUGUGUUCGUGGUUCUAAUCCAAGUGCCUCUGUUACAAUUGCUGUAUACAAGGAUAAGAUAAAUGGUAAUUGGUGGCUCGAUUAUGGAGAAGUAACAUUGGGGUUUUGGCCAGCAAGUAGAUUUAAACAAAGCUAUGCAAACAAUGUUGAGUGGGGAGGAGAAGUAUAUAGUGCAUUUAUGUCUGGUGCUCAGAUGGGAAAUGGUUAUUUUCCAAAAAAGCAUCCACUUUUCGAUGCCAUUAUUUUCAAUAUAACUACAGUAGACGAGAAAUUUGAGAUUGAUAAGUUGGUAAACAACACUGAGACAUUUUCAGAUAACACUCGUGGUUAUAAAGUGAUUGAGGAUUUGUAUUCAGACUAUCCAGUUGGACACAUCAUAUAUUUUGGGGGUCCAGGUAAUAUCUAAAAAAAGAUAAAAUUUAUGUAAAAGAUAAAUGACUAUAAACAUCUUGUAACUAACCAUCUAAAAUAAAAUUUUCACCAUCCUUAUUUAUA